CCUUCUUCAUCACACUAAGCAUCGCAGAAAAAAUCGAGACAAGAAACCAUGAUUCUGAAAACUCUAGGCUUCGUCGUCUUCUUCGCCUUGGCCGCCGUGGCUCUGGGUACGGCGGACCCGGAGCUCGAAACAUGCCGCCAUCAGUGCCGAGUCCAGAUGGCAUUCGACCGGCAACAGCGCGAAGCGUGCCUAGAUAAGUGCGAGAGGUACAUCCAGGAGAAAGAAGGGAGGCAGGAAGAACGCGGCGGCGGAAGCUCCGGCCGCCGCGAAGAGGAGGGACGCGGCGGCGAAGAUGAUAAUCCUUACGUGUUCCAGCCGCGCCAUUUCCGAACCGCACACAGGUCCCAACAAGGCAGAUUCUCGGUUCUCCCCAGGUUUACCGAACGGUCAAACCAGUUCGAGGGAAUUGAGAAUUUCCGUUUCGGCAUUCUCGAAGUCGAGUCCAAAACCUUCGUCGCCCCGAACCACCUGGAUGCUGACCUGAUCGGCUUGGUCGCGGAGGGUGAGGGAACUCUGGACAUAAUCCAGAAAAACAAGAAGAAAAGCUACGACAUCCGUGUCGGCUCUAUUGUGUUCAUACCCGCUGGAGCUACGAGCUAUCUGGUCAACACAGAUAACAACAACAAGCUCGUCAUAAUCAAACUCAUACAAACCAUUUCCACCCCAGGGCGUUUCGAGUUCUUCUUUGGCACUGGGCGGAAUUCGUUCUUGAGAGCCUUCAAGUCAAGCAUACUGGAAGCAGCUUAUGAUGAAAGCAAGGAGACAAUACAAAGAGUGUUGCGAGGACGGGACGACAGCCCUUUCAUCCAAGUAUCUGACGAGCAACUCAAGUCUCUGAGAAAAGAAUCAGAUACCAUUUGGCCCUUCAAGACGGAUAAGUCGUCGUCCUCCAAACCAGUGGAUAUCUUCAAGCACAAAAGCGUUUCUAACAACUAUGGCCAACUCUUCGAAGUUGACAACGAUGAUUUCAAGGAGCUCGGAGAUAUUGAGGUUGCUUUCGCCAACAUUACCCGAGGAGGGAUGUUAGGUCCACUCUUCAACACAAGAGCGACGAAGCUAGCCUUUGUGGUGGACGGCAAAGGGUGGGCGCAAAUGGCGUGCCCUCAGGUGUCUUCCCAGACAGAACGCAGCGAGGAAGGAGCCAUUCCAACGUACGAGACCGUGAACGCUCAACUGAGACCCGGCACGCUGUUCGUCAUCCCGCCCGGCAAUCCUUACGUGAGCAUCGCAUCACAGGACGACAACUUGCAGAUUGUCUGCUUCGACAUCAACGCCGACAACAACGAGAGGGUGGCGCUGGCCGGCAAGAACAACUUGUACAGCAACAUGGACGAUGUCGCCAAGGAGGUGUCGUUCGGGGUCAGCUCUAAACUGGUGGAUAAAGUGUUCGAGAACGACGACGAUCUUGAGCUGUUCUCCAAGGGGCCUGAGUGGCAGCAGUCUGAGGACCGUGCUGACCAGUAGGGGUCCGGUCGUCCAUGCCCACCGCGACAUCCUCGUACUACAUGCGAUCGUAUGAUGCUAUGCCAGCCAGUUUAUCUUAAUAAUUAAGGUGGAGACUAUAUAUGUAAGAAAUGUGUGUAAUGAAUGUGGUGGCGCAGAGCUGAGAUGUAGGUAAAUCGAGAUGCCCUAAACAUAACAGGAUCUAUAUAAUAAACCUCUACUGGGAUCCUUUUGCUUGCUUACAA